AGUAAUAGGGGCCACCUCUCGUCAAACUCAUUUUUGACAGGUGCCACGCCCCCUUGAAGCAGGAAGUCCUGCCCCUUGAAGCAGGAAGUGCCACCUCCUAAAAGAGGAACUCCCUCCUCCUAAAAACAGGAAAUGCAAUCCUGGGAGACCCUUCCCCCUGAGGUGAAGCCCUCCCACAGCCCACAGCCCACCCCCCCCCCACCCCUACCAUAAGCCGCCCAUGUGAUGGGUAUGUCUAUGGUGCAUGUUCCCUACUCCUACUGCAGGAGCUUACCACGUGGUGGGGCAAGCACAGACAUGUUUCAAUGAGGCAUUCAUGGUGAUGCGUAUGGGCUGAAAGGCCCCUUGCCUAGACUGACCCCUCUGCUUGAGGAAAUGGGGCAGCCAGGACCGUGUGCUAGGUCUUAGUGGUGAGCUCUGUGCUCUGUGUCCAACAGCCAAUGGAUUUAGGCCCAUAAGGUCAUCAUGUGAUACUGGGAGGGCCCAUUAGGGCGGAGCUUUUAGGAAUAAAUACUCCAUGUGAGUUUUAGUGCAUCCCUUGACUGCUUUCAGAGGAAUGGAAAAUAUGGAAUCACCAGAUGGCCCUUCAAGCUCAGCGUGCCUUUCAGUACCGGAAGUGCCUAGAAAGAAACAAACUGCUAUGAAAAGAAGAGCUGAAAGCGGCUAUAGGUAUUGGGCCUAUCCAAACAUGUCAGGAACAACAGGACUUUCCCUACCUGUGACACCAAUGAAUAGUCCUAAAAAGCCGCGAGAAUCCUCGAAUGCUAAACCUCCGACAAGGCUUAACUUAUUACCAGGUCUUUAUGCUGUGAAAAAUAAAUUCACAGAGGUUAAGCCUGAUUUAAAUGAUCAGGGCACAGACAGGAUCGAUUUGAAAAAGCUUUUCCCUGAAAUGCCGAGAAUGUAUCAUGCUGAUGCUACUGCUGUUCUUGAAGAGGCGGAUGAAGAGAUGCUUUGUAAAACAGACUAUAAGGAUAUUGAGAGAACGGGAGAAGAACCAACCUCAGGCAGAUGCGUCCAUCGGUCACUCCUAGAGGAGCUGUUGAAGGAUGGAGCGGCGGAAAAGGAAGUCAUGGCUGUUGAUGAAAACACAACUGAUGGUUUCGAGAAUAUUACGGGCUGUAUCCAGUUUUCUGGUGAUGUGGAGGAUCUUCAGAUUGGCGACUCUCAGACCAUGGAGCUUUUCAGCAUGCCGCGUGUUUAAAGCCUGUUCUGCAGAGCAGAGCUGCUAUGUGUGUCUCACAAUAAAAUUGGUUUGUUUUGUA